UUUUCUUAAUUUUAAAUUCUUCAUGGCUUUGAACUAAGAAAAAUACUAAUUCAAGAACUUUAGGUGCGCUUUUGUUAUCAGGUCCUUAGUUUUUGUGAAAAAAAAAAAUCAAUUUUUAUAGAUUUUGAAGUCCAUGUCACCCACAGUUCCUGCUGUUCUUGCUGGUAGCUUUUAUGGACUAGUUUUCUCAUGUAGCGGGAUGCUUUAGAACUGGAAGUUUUUGGAUUUUUCUGAUUAUAAGUUGAUGAUUAUAAAUUUAAAUGAAGCGCAGGUUCUGUUCAAUAAUUCAGUCCCUCUUUUCUUCAAAAGCAGUAAACAUUUACCCUGUUGGCUGGAGAAUGUCACAUUCAAAGAGGGACUUACGUAUUCAAUGUUUCUGGUUUGAAUUUUUGGCUGUGAUGCUCAGAACAAGUGUCGUCAAAAUGCACGUAAAGAGAGCCUAAGGAUGUGCUGCUAGCGGGCAUUAAUCAAGAAAUCGAAGGGAAAAUGACAGUUGAGAUGUCUAAUUUGGGGAAGAAGAAUGUGGUUGUGGGAAUAAGAUUUGAUGGCCAUGCUCAAGAGUUGCUGUAUUGGGCAUUGAUGAAAGUAGCUUGUCCAGGAGAUGAAGUUGUAGCUAUUCAUGUUUGUCGAAAUUCCGGUUGUGCAUCAAAUGAGAGAGCAUUGUUGGAUGGUUUCUUGGAAGACUAUCAAGGCCUGUGUGAACAACAGCAGGUUACUCUUAGUGGAGAAGUCUUCAAAGGAAAUUCACUGAGAAAAGUUGUGGUGAGAGAGGCAAAGAAACGUUCUGCAUCAGCUGUUAUAGUGGGGAUAACUAAGCAUAGUGCCUUCGAGGGCUGGGCUUCAGUUGCUAAGUAUUGCAUACAGAGAUUGCCUCCAACUACUGACGUUAUGUCGAUUUACAACGGAAAGGUUAUCUUCAGCAGGUGUUCCAAAAUACAAUUUGAAGGACCUGGAAAAACUCCGGAGCCUGGUUUUUGUUUAGCCGACAACUCUAUGUUCAAAGAUAAUCAGUCUGAGUUUGGAGAAUCAGAGAUAUCAGAAACAAGAAGGUACAGUUUUGAUGGAAGAGACAGCAUCAUGACUUCAAGAAACGAUGUUUUGAGCCCUGUUGGAAGACACAAGAGAGGUUCUCUGAGUUUAAUUCCGCUUCCCGUGGAAGAUUUUACAGAGCAGAGACCUGGUUGGCCUCUACUUCAGACACCUAGUUUAACAACUCAAAAAGCAAAAGAAGCAAGAAAAAUGUCGGUCGUGCAGUGGGUAAUGAGCUUACCCCGUCGUUCAUUGUCUGAAGUUUCUGAAUCUGACGCUGCCACACGUAAGGCCGAGGAUUCUCUGGAAAGAGAAAAUGGAGAGUUAGCAAGUCAGAAAGAGCUGCAGAAAAAUUUGGAGCUUAUACUGAAGAAAAAUCAGGCAGUUUGUGAUGUGUUCAGCCAUGAUGUCCUAAGAAAAUCCACUUCUGAGUUCUCCUCAGGAAAUCUUAUUGGAAAGGGAGGGUGCAAUUCUGUAUACAAGGGAAUCCUUCCUGAAGGAAAACCAGUGGCUGUGAAGAUCUUGGAAUCGUCAAAAGAGGCAUGGAAGGAUUUCAUGCGGGAGGUCGAUAUAAUGACGACAGUGAAGCACAAAAGGAUCACACCUUUGCUUGGAAUUUGCAUAAAAGACAAUAUGCUCUUAUCGGCUUAUGACUUUCUGUCUAAAGGGAAUUUGGAAGAGAAUCUAUGCAGCAACAGUAAGGAAAAAUCUGUGUUGCCGUGGGAAGAAAGAUUUCAAAUUGCUGUUGGGGUUGCUGAAGCACUAAAUUACCUGCACAACGAAUGCCCAAAGCCCGUCAUUCAUAGAGAUGUCAAGUCUUCGAAUAUUCUACCAACUGAAAAUUUAGAACCACAGUUAUGUGACUUUGGCCUGGCAAUAUGGGGACCUACGACGGCGUCUUUCCUGAUGGACACUGAUGUUGUUGGAACAUUUGGCUAUCUUGCUCCUGAGUACUUUAUGUAUGGUAAAAUCAGCGACAAGAUUGAUGUAUACGCUUUUGGAGUAGUUCUACUAGAACUUCUAUCAGGGAGGAAACCAAUUGGUCUGGAAACUACAAAAGGUCAAGAAAGCUUAGUCAUGUGGGCAAAACCAAAACUAGAAAGCGGCGACUUGAAGAGCAUGUUGGAUCCAAAUUUGGAUGGCAGUAUUGAUGAGGCUGAAAUGCACAAAAUGGCUCUUGCAGCCAAACUUUGCCUAACUCAAGCAGCCCGUUCUCGUCCCACAAUGAACCAGAUACUAAGUAUCCUGAAUGGAGAGGAAGGAAAACUGGAAUGUAGGAAACACGAUGAUUCAGAGACUCAUGAUGAUAAUGAUGAUGAAGUUUAUCCAGAUUCAAGCGCAGAAUCGCAUUUAAGUCUUGCGUUUCUUGACGUGAAUGACAACUGUACAUCAUUCAGCAGCCUUGAUCAAAGCAGCCCUCCUUGGGUCGAAGAAUACUUAAAGAAAAGAUGGAGCAGAUCAUCAAGUUUAGAGUAGUUUCUGCAAAGCCUUUGGACAGCUUUGUCUCUUGCACAGUUGAUCAAAAGAGAAGGCCUGCUGCGCCCAAUAGAUAUGAGGUGGUUUGCAGUGUGAUCAUAAGGAGUUGUUAGUGUGUGUUCCUUUGUCAAAUAAGCCCCAACUCAAAUGGGAUAUAAUACUGUAGGCUUGCAGCGAAAAGAGUCAAAUUCAGAAAUAAUAAGAUGAUGAGGUUUGGUUAA